UUCAUUGUUCACGGAAAAGAGUAGAAAGGGACAAGAUCCCAAAAGGCGUGCCAGCUUCAGAGUCAGUUCCACUGCUACGGUUAUUGCAGUUUCAUCACCUUUUUUUUCACUUUGUUUCUCCCCAAAGCUUGCUUCUUUCUCAUUCUCACCCAAAUGGGUCUUCAACUUGGAUCUGCUCUUCCUUUGCUUUGAUUGAAAAAAGUUUCUUUCUUUCUUUUCUGGGUUUGUUGGGUUUAGGCCAUUGAAGAAGAAGAAGAAGAAGGAUGUAUCCUAGACUGAUACACCCCCAUGAAGGGAUUGUGGGACAGGAAGAUAUGCAGAGUGGUUGUGCCCCUAACCUCUCUCACAAUCAUAAGGGUGACCCAUGUCUCGUUUUGACGGCUGAUCCCAAACCUCGCCUUCGGUGGACUCAGGACCUCCAUGAACGAUUUGUUGAUGCAGUCACCCAACUUGGGGGUGCCAGUAAAGCAACACCAAAAGCAAUCAUGCGGACCAUGAAUGUCAAGGGUUUGACUCUAUUUCAUUUAAAGAGUCAUCUGCAGAAAUUUAGACUUGGUAAGCAAUCAGGGAAAGAUAUGGGUGAGGGAUGCAAAGAUGGAAUAUCAGGUUCAUAUCUUUUAGAAAGCCCUAGUACUGAUAACUCUUCUCCAAAAUUGCCAACUUCUGAUACAAACGAGGGUUAUGAAAUCAAGGAGGCGUUAAGAGCACAGAUGGAAGUGCAAAGUAAACUGCAUUUGCAAGUGGAGGCAGAGAAGCACUUGCAGAUUCGCCAGGAUGCGGAGCGGAGAUACAUGGCCAUGCUUGAAAGAGCUUGCAAGAUGCUGGCUGAUCAAUUUAUUGGUGCUACAGUUAUAGACACAGACAACCAAAAGUUUCAAGGAAAUGGAAGUAAAGCACCAAGAGGUCCCUUGAUUGAUCCUCUUGGUUUUUACUCCUUGCCAUCUGCUGAGGUUGCUGGAUUGAAUGUCCCAGAAGAAGAAAUACCACCCAGUUUCCCACCCCAAAGGGCCGAUUGUUCAACUGAAAGUUGUUUAACCUCACAUGAGGGUUCAGGAGGAUUGACUUUAGAAGGAUCUCCAGCUGGGGGUAAAAGGAGGAUGCUGGGCAUGGACUCUAUGGCAGCACCUUUGAUCUGGAGUGAAGCUAAGAUGAGAACUCAAGCCAUCAAUCUAGCCCAAGGUAAUCCUCAUGGAAUAACUAGGUAUGGCAUGUAGGGAUGGAAGGUCUACUUGAUGGUUCAUCCCUUCAUAUUACAGUUUAUUACCUUUGGGUUUCAUUCCUUUUUAGAUAGGUACUUGAACUCUGACCUCUUCUUGUCUAGUAAGUUAGUGGAAGUACAGAGUUGAAAUCAACUUAUCCCAUUUUGUAAAUUCAUAAACUACUUCU